GUUUAGCAGCUCAUUCAAAAGAAUACACACAUUUCGAUAGCUCGGAACAAAAUCUGAAAACAAAAUAUACAGUAAGACAUUGAAAUUAUAAAAAUGUCCUUUUGCAACUGGACUCGAUGCUGCCUGACGGCCAAGCGCAUGGGGGUCUUUUCUCGCCAGCUGAUCCGCUGCAAGGCGGACUACUCAAAGACCAUUUGCAAUCUGAAGGUCAAUAAGGACACGAAGGUAAUGGUGCAGGGCUUUACUGGCAAGCAGGCCACCUUCCACUCCGAGGAAUCAAAGAAGUAUGGCACUCAGAUUGUUGGCGGUGUAUCGCCCAAAAAGGGCGGCACAACACAUCUGGAGAAGCCAGUGUUCAAGGACGUUAAGGAGGCAGUCAAAGAACUAAAGCCGGACGCAACAGUCAUCUUUAUUCCGCCAGCCACCGCGGCCGAGGGCAUUUGCGCUGCCAUCGAGAAUGAGAUUGGUCUUAUUGUGGCCAUCACAGAGGGCGUUCCGCAAGUGGACAUGGUGCGCAUUUUAGAGAUGCUCAAUUGCCAGGAGAAAUCACGUCUAUUGGGCCCCAACUGUCCGGGAAUUAUAUCGCCGGAGCAGUGCAAGAUCGGCAUCAUGCCUGGCCACAUACACAAGCGCGGACUUGUGGGCAUCGUAUCCCGUUCCGGCACCCUCACCUAUGAGGCAGUGCAUCAAACUACGCUCGUUGGCUUGGGCCAGACCCUAUGCAUCGGCGUCGGCGGUGAUCCCUUUAAUGGCACAAAUUUCAUUGAUGCUUUAAAAGUCUUCCUGCCCGACAAGGACACAAAAGCCAUUGUUCUGAUUGGCGAAAUUGGCGGCACCGCUGAGGAGGACGCAGCUGAGUAUCUCAAGAAGCACAACGCCGGCUGUGAUGCGAAGCCAGUGGUGGCCUUCAUAGCGGGCAUGACGGCUCCACCGGGACGUCGCAUGGGUCAUGCGGGUGCCAUCAUAUCCGGCGGCAAGGGUACUGCUUCCGAAAAGCUGAAGGCCCUCAAAGAGGCGGGUGUGAUAAUUGCUCUGAAUCCUUGCCACAUCGGCACGCUGCUCCACAAGGAAAUGGUGCGCAAAAAUUUGGUCAGCCCCAGCGAAAAGAAAGAGAAGAAGGGUAAGAACUGAGCCUUCAUGUACGAAUUAAUGCCAUUCAAGAUUCGCGACUCUGGACACAAUUUAUAUUUAUUCAUUCAACAUUUUCAAGCAAAAUCAUCAAAUUAGUAUUUCGUCAAACAAAUUAGUAUUUCAACAAAACAACAACAAAUUCAAUAAAAUUACAUUUUUGAGAACAGAAUGAGAUAUAUCAAAUAAAUAAGAGCCUGCUCUUAAUUGAUGAAAACUCAAGACGAUAGCUGCAGAUUCCAACAGCUAAAGUAGAGAAUAUGAAAUUAAGCAAGAUUCAUUGAGCUUUUUCUAAUAGACCGAUACUGAAAAAACAAACGUGCGUAUUGGGUGCAUCAAUCAAUAUGUACACAAAACACGUGGGCCUGCUCUGGAGAGUUUGGCUGACUAGAAGACACCCUGUACCCAGUUCCACCACAUGCAUUCGAUUUAGUUAUAAAUACGCUGUAUAAACUAUACUUGCCGCGCAUUGGGAAGUUAUUCAAGCAAAAAAAGAUAAAAUCCUUAAAUCCUUUGAAGGGAGCGAGGAAAGUUUUAUAACAAUUAAAAUAUUCUUAUUAUCUGUAUAUCAAAAAAUUUAUCUUUUUUACAUUAAAAAUAAAUGUUCAAUUUAGAAACA